AUGAUGCCCGCCCUACACAUGGCCAUGCUUCUCAGGCUGCUCGUCAUUGAUUAUGAGGUGGCGACGUGCGCGCCGGGACAGAACGCCUGCGUGGUGCAGCAGCUGAGCCUGACUCCAGUCAUGGACGACGCCCUGCGGGUGGGCUGCGCGGCUCUGACGACCUGUAAUCUGCUCCCCUCGGACACCGCAGCCAGACUCAGCGGAUCCAGCUUCUGCUGCACCACGGACCUGUGCACUAAUGGAAGCUACAUCCGUGACCCAGGUCCUGCCUGGCGUCUCCCAUGUCAGAGCUGCGUGGGAUCUGCCUCAACCUGCGGCCCUGACACCCCAACCUUAACCUGCCCUGGCCGCCAGGCCCAGUGUCUGCAGCUGUCCCGGCGCCUGCUGCCUGGUAAGGCCUGGACACCUGGGAACCUCCUGCAGGAGGAGGGGGAGCGGUUCUGGGUUCCUUGUGGGUGGUGGGGGCCCUCUGAAGAGCUGCUGGCCCUUGCCACGGGGCCUGACCUGGCGUAUGUGGAUGUGCACGUGCAGCGCUGCCACAGCGUCGGUUGCAACAACAGCUCCUUUGCUGAGGUGCCUCGGGGGAAGCCCAACGGGAAGCUCUGCUACAGCUGCAGGGAUACAGGAGCCGGUGAGUGCGAGCGCCAGGAGCUGCAGAGCACGGGCGGUACGGGGACCGUGGACCAGUGUGCGCAAGCCCAGAGCACAGGUGAGAACCACCCACCCCACGCCCACGGGGAACCCAGGGGGCCAGGCUCCCACCCCCCAGAUCACCCUGUCCUGCAAGGAACUCAGACCACCGCGCUGCCCCGCUCUCUGCCCCCCCAGACUGGAACAACCCUGUGGCCUUGCGCCGUGGCUUGCACAUCCCCUUUGGGAGCCCCCUUGCAAUCAGCAGAGGGGAUUAUGGCUGGUGGGAUCUCUGGGAAUAUGGCGGAUCUCUAG